UGUUGAAUAUCGUACAGCAAAGAUGGAAUCCCUACCCCAACUCAAAUAACCAAAAAUAAUCAAGUUCCAGCCGUAAAGUCAGAGCUACUUUGUUUGUUCUCCUUCGCUUCCUUUUCUUUGUUACAUUUAUUUUUAUUUUUAUACCGAAUCCUCAGUUUACUCUGAGUAAUGACGAGUCUCUCGCAGGGGGAAAGUCGUUGGAUGCAACGAUGAAACAACAGAACAUGCAACUCAUUCUGGCUCAGAGUCUAGAGUUCAGAUACGUCUCUUGCAGCAAGUGCAGUGUAUAUCCAACCCGCAUUAUUCACAUCGAUUUUGCUAGGUGCGUACAUGUCACAUUAAAUUAUCUCAAUGCUACCACAGUAGUCCCUCGAAGAAAUCCUAUUUCUCGUGUAAGAUCCAACCCGACUAUACGCGCCCUAGCAUCCGAAGAAUUCACCUCCCUCAUCAGCACCCUCUACCUACUUCUCAAUAACCUGCUUCUCUCUUCUCGUUCCUCCUUCGUCUACGCGAUUUGCUCUGCCGGAACUGAAAGUCGGCGUUGGGAGGGUCUGAAGCAGAUCUGUUUUUGUUGGACCUCUUCCGGGUUUAUGUUCAGUAUGCUGGUUGAGUUGGGUGGCGAACCAGUGUCUGUCAUACAGAGCAGUAGAACAGAAAGCGGAGAUAUGCGUGAUGCUAUCCUCGGGAUCGAGGGUGAAGGCGCUUAUAAUGUGCUAAGGUGGGACAGCGCUGUACACUGUGCAACAUGUCCCGGCCACGGAGUGAAGUGGGCGGACUCACGAGUGCGCUACCCGUCAGAUUGUGACUAAUGCUUUUUAUGGG